UUGCCGAUCAUCGCUCGCUCGCGUCUCGAGUGGACGAAUCGGUCGCGUUUAUUAACCACGUGGUAUAACGCGAGUCUUCACAAAAGAAACAGGAAGACAGAAGGACAAACGCGAGCGAUUUAAAAAAUUUUCUGUGCGACGACGAAGAAAAAAAAACAAAUCGACAUGCGACCGACAGCAUCGAUAAGCGCGAUUGUUCUGCUGAUUGGAUCGUGCGCGGCCAGUCAGGAUUUCUUGACGAGCUCCUUGAACGAGUGCGUGAAAGCGGAAUCCUGGACGUCCUGUUUCAAGCAUCAUGUUCUGGGUUACCUCGACAACAAGCUUGGAACCGUCACGGAGGCCAGGUCGCUGGAAACCAUUGACGAGGCGAUCGUCGCUAGAACCAUGAAAUAUCUGAAGAGCUUCGAAUACGGAAUUGACUUGCCCUUCGUCGACGCCAGUUUGAAAUACAGACCCAGCAGGAAUUUAGCCGAUCUCGACGUCGAGUUCAAGAAUAACGACGUAGCCACGAAUCAAGCUCGUGGACUUCUAAAGAAGAAACUUCUGCUGCCGUUUUUGUUGCUGCUGAAAUUGAAACUGAAGGCUCUAAUGCCCAUUUUUGUCGCCAUUAUCGGAUUGAAAGCUUUGAAGGCUCUCGUUCUGUCGAAGCUCGCUCUUCUCAUUGUAAUCGGAUUCGUCGCUUUGCAGCUCUUCAAGAAAGGCGGUAUGAUGAUGCCGAUGGGAAUGUCUAUGGAAUCGGCAUCGACAUAUGGCGCUCCACCUAUGUCCUCGACACCGUCGAGCUACGAUCCCGUCAACACGUGGGACGGCAACGGACCGUAUUCCCGCGUCUGGACGCCGACCAACGGUGUGGAAGCCCAAAAUCUUGCUUACAGCUACUACGCGCCCGGCAGCAGCUCGAGUUCUUACAGCUCGCCAGGCUCCUCUGCGUCGUCCUCGUCCGGAAGCAGCUCAACAAGUUACAACUAAAAGUCGUUCUAAUGCCCCACUAAUGACGCAUCGAUCGUCUAACGUUGCCUUCAAACGCGAUUUCCGCGAUCGCACGUCGGUACCUAAGACACGACCAAAGAAACGCACGCCAAAAAUAACCAUGCAAUGCUAAUCUCACGAUCGGUGCUGACGAGACGAGUCAGUUAACGAGAGCCUGACAUUCAAAGACUGUCGACGUCCCGCGCGUUGGCUAUAAUCGUAGAAUCGUUUUGUCGGUUUGGCAAAACUCGAGCUUGAUGUCGAAUUUCUAACACUAAAACUUAUCGAAGACUUAAUUGAGCUAAUUAAAUUUUUGAUCAAGUUUGACAGCGAAGUAUCUUCUACGGCGCGCGAGUAGAAUUAAAUUGAAAAUUUUAAUUAAAACAUUUUUUCGUAGAACGUGUGUUAUUUUGUAGAAAUUAAGUAUUUUUUGUGAAAUCGACAAAGCCAUUUGCUAAUUCUUUCUUUGAGUGUAUCACAUACGCCGAAAGAUAAUUAGAAUUAUCAUCUUUCCAUCAGAAUGUACAGACAGUUGUUGUAAGUGUAUUUUAUCGCGACGGUCACAAUUGUUGAUAAUAAUAUAAAUAAAUAAAUAAAUAUGUCGUCAAUUACAGUCGCGAAACAAUGCGACAUCAUCGACUAUUUAUUUAUCGUGUGACGAGAUUAUUUAUUAUUAUCUAUGUAUUUGUUAAUAAAAGCAUCCCUUAAAAUAAAAAAAAAUAAAUAAAAAAACUUAAUAUUCUGUACACACUUAUGCUUCUCUGAGAUACAACUUCUUUAAGUCAACUUUUCUGUUAUAUGUCCUAUCAAGCCCCUUUAAGAUGAUUACCAUG